UUAUCGUGCUCAGAUGUUAUGUUUUUUCGUAUCUUAUAAGUCUACAAAACUAAAUUUUGUGUUUGUUUUGAUAUCGGAACACCUGUAUAAUCAAUAUAAAUAUUAAAUAUUGGAUGCGCCUCUAAAGUUCUAAGAACAGAAUAAUGUUAAGGGAUUUGAUUACGUGGGUCUUAAAUACCUAUCUCGGGAAGUAUUUAGAAAAUUUGAACUCUGCUCAACUGUCUGUUGCACUGCUAUCAGGGGAAGUCGAGCUCGAAAACAUUCCCAUCCGAAAGGAUGCGCUGCGCUCGUUCGGCCUGCCCAUAGAAGUCUCGGCAGGUAGCAUAGGUAAAAUAAAGCUCCAAGUGCCGGUUCGUCAGUUUCGUACUUCGCCAUGGUGUAUUUCCGUGGAAGGGCUCUUCUGCGUCGUCACGCCAAAAGACUUCGAGAACUGGGAUGAAGUGAAGGAGAAACUCCUUAACCUGGAGUAUAAGCAAUCUGUGUUAGACACUGCAGAGGCCAAAUGGCGCUCUGAAAAGGGAAAGCAAAUAGAAUCAUAUUACUUUUCUUCGUAUAAUAAUUGGCUCAAAUAUGGCACGAAUAUGGCAACAAAUAUCAUUGAUAAUAUUGAACUUAAAAUAUUUGAUGUUCACUUUCGAUACGAAGAUGUUGUUGAUGUGGGCAAAAGCAAAAUUGCGACUGGCAUCAAAAUUGGUUCUCUAACUGCACAAAGCUGUGAUUGCAACUGGGCGACGGGCUCCAAUAAAUCGGUUAAUAAUGAUAUUAAUUUUAAGGUCGUUGAGCUGAAAGAGCUAUCCCUGUAUUGGGACACAUUGCACGAUGACAUUAAAUGUCAGAAGUUCACAAAUCAAGAGCUUCUAACCAAUAUGAAUCCAACAUGCCAACUGCGCCCACAUGAGUUCAUAAUCAAGCCCAUUAGUGCAAUAGCCAGAUGGAAGCGCGAAAAAUCUCCCCAAGUGAUACGCUCAAAAGACAAACCACGAGUUUCUUGUGAUCUUCUAGUACCUGAAGUUAUAAUUGUGCUAAGCAAGGCUCAGCAUGAUGAAAUACAGGAUAAAUUGGCUGGAAUUCAACAGAUAAAGGAAAUUUGUCAAUUUCGUUUGAAAAGACCAACCUACAGUAUUAAGGAAAAUCCAAGAAUGUGGUGGAGAUAUGUUCUCAUUUGUUAUGGCCGUGAACUUAAAACAAAAGAUGAAAAGUUUCUAACGCUCAAAGAGAAUUUGCGUUACAUGAGGAUUUGUCAAGCAGUUAUAUUGAAUCCCAACGAAAACUUGUCCAAUGAUGACAAAGAAUUUAAAGCGUAUAUUGAGAGUGAUAGAAAAGUCGCAGAUCUAAUCAUAAUGCGUAGAAUAUGCUUUGAUAAAGUGUACUCAAAAGGCAUUUCAAUUAAGUCGGACCAAGUCAAAGGCAGGGGAAUGCUAUUUCAUUGGUUUCCCAACUGGAUGGGCUGGUAUGGAAACAAUUCGACAGCCUCUGCAGAGCAGGAUGAAUCAUUACAAAAUUUAGAAGAUGAUAUUUUGGUUGCACUGGAGCACUCACUACAGAGUCAAUCUCACAUGAAAUGUGAUACAAUAUUUGGAUAUUUUACUAUUGAGCUCCUGAAGGGUUUCAUUAUCUUACAAACCGAAGAAUCGACAAAGAGCGAUGAUAGCAAAUCAAUUGAAAUGCAAUUUAAUAAUUUGUCAUCUUUUCUACAGUUGAAUCCCUUAUUUACUUCAUAUGUGGUUGGCAUAUCAUUGGGAGAAGUUUAUUUAUUAGAUAAAACCAACAAGGACUCAAAGCAUUGUUACUUAAUUAAACCUCAGACUGAUCGAUCGACAGCAAUAAAUUCGCCGGACAUAAAGCAAUUGGUUAAUUCCACAAACAAACAAGAUCCAUUAUUUCAAUUGCAAUAUGAAAAUGAUGAUCAGCUACAAUACCGUCUUAUAAUUAAAUCAAAAAGUUUAGAUUUAAUAUACAAUCAAGAUGCCGUUGAUUGGUUUUUAAAUUUCUUUACCCCUUCCAAUAAAGUGCAGUAUUUAACUAGAGAUAAAUAUAGUAGUGAAAAAGAGCGAAAGUUUCUAAGCUCUUGGAAUCAAAUGUUUCUAGGAAAUGAGGCGAAUAGAAAGAUUUGGACUUUUGAAAUUGAAGUAUUUGCACCACGAAUAAUAUUUUUGGAAAAUUACAAAAUCGAAAAUUCGCUGAUGGUUUUAAUGGAUUUUGGCAAACUCCAAUUAAUCAAAUCGGACUUUCAGAAGAAAGCAUCAACAUUUAUAUCGAAAGCAGAGGAUACUUGUCCAACAGAUGAGAAUGGCGAAAUCGAUGAAGAUGAUGAUGAUGAGACCUAUUUGACUCCCUGCUCAACUCCACCUGGUUCAGAGAAAAGCGGUUCGGAAUCGCCAACGAUAAAUGAAAAUAUGUUCAAGGACUUAUUGAACAAGAACACUCAACUGGAAUCGGCAUUGCAUAGUAAAAUCUAUAAUACAUAUACUAUAAAUUUUACCAAUUUGCAAGUAUUAGUAUGCAAAUACCAGGAGAGAUGGCAAGCGAGCUUGAAGACUUCUUCUAACUUUCAUUUAAUUGAUAAAUUCAACAUCACGCUAACAGUGGAACAGCGUAUUGUCUUCACAUCGGACCCGGAAUAUCCGUCUCUCACUUUGUUCGGAACGUGCCCUAUGAUAUUAAUACAUGGCAAUGAGAACAAAAUAAAACACUUUCUAACUAUAAUUCAUCCAAUUACCAACAGUCCCAGGCUAAAGAAUAAUAAACCAACAAAUGAAACCGAAAAUCGAAUACCAACAGAUGAAACUAGUCAACCAUACUAUAAUGCAGAUGGCAGCCAUUUGGUUGUUCAGUUUGGAAUUGGGCAACUGAUCAUCGAGAUGCAAUCUAAAGAAAAGAGCAUUGCCGAAUUGCAAAUUAUUGGAGCUAGAGCCGGUCUGGUGACAACGGGAAAGGAAACCACAAUAACAAUGUCUGUCCAUGGUCUGCUGCUUGUAGACGCAAUUCAGUCUUUUGGUCCAGACUUUGAGCUCUUGGUUGCUAGCCAUCGAAAUGUGGGUAUGGACAGUUUUUCUGGAAGUCUUAAGCAUAGCACAGCCUGCUCGCCAGUUACUCCAGGAUCUCCAGACUCUUCAAUAUAUCACAGGCCCACAAGUCCACAUAUAAUCACAAAGGCUGUGCAAAAUAUUCAAAGUGGUACAUCAAUGGAUCGCGAUGAAGAAAGUGAAUUGAAUGCGCUCAUUAAUAUUGAUAUCAAUAUUGUUCAAUCCGAUACGAAUAAGUCCUCCUUUCUACACACAUCCAAAAUAUCAUUCAAUAGCUUGGAAAUAAUUGCCAAUCAGGAAACAAUUUUGGAGCUUUUAAAUUUUGCUGAACGUAUUUUUCGUGGUCAAAAGAUGUUCGAAAAUAUUGGAGAUAGCGUUGAUAGAGAACCGGCGCUGGAGCUUAAAGAAACUGAUGGCUCUCUAGACCAUAACCAACACGAAAUAAUCUUUGAUUUCUUUCGUUUAAAUGUCUUAAUACUCUACACCAUAAAACGUGAUAAAUAUGAAAUAGCCCGAAAAGUAGGCACAUUAACAGUCAGCGAAGCUAAAAUCAAUGUUUCCAUGCAAUCAAGCCUAUCAAUUAAUGGCUCUUUGGGAGGCAUACAAAUCAUUGAUAUUACUCCACAAGGUGUACGAUAUCAACGAAUUCUGUCCAUUGGUCGAGAUCCAGAGUCAGAAACGAAUCGGCAGUCAGUGCUAAAUAAACUCUCGAACGAAAUAUACUUAAAUAACGUCGAAGAUGAAAUAUGUGAGCAAAUCGAUGCUCUAAGUUUCACAAAUCUCUGGGGCGAUAAUAAUGCUGUUAGUCUAAGUGUUCGAAUGGCCUCUGUAUCAUAUACACACAGUCCGAGAUUUUUGCAAGACUUUAAUUUUUGUAUAACAAGUUUCAAACAGGGACUGAAAGAGUUUGUAACUUCCAUUGGAAACAAAGCCACGGACAUGGCUAAAGAAUUUGUGCAGCAAAUCAAAGAUGUUAAUUAUCAGACGAAACCACCGCAGCCAAAUAAAAAUCAAGAAAAUUCGUUGAUAUCACUGGAUGUUAUUAUAAGUAGUCCUAUCAUCGUUCUGCCCAUUUCGAAUGAUAGUAAAGAAGUUUUUAUUGCUAAUUUGGGAAAAAUUAGUGUGCGUAACAAUGAUAUUCAUCAGAAGAUGAAGAACAUUAGCGAGGAUGUGAUAGUUAAAUAUGCUAUCGAAGUGAAAAACAUCAAUUUAUUUUCAUUAAAUAUUGAUGAACAGAAGGAAGACUGGACCUACACUUUACCCAUAGCAAGCAAAAUGUAUGAAAACAAACAGGAUGCUUUUCCCAUCCUGCACGACACGGCAAUAUCAUUAAAUGUGUAUACAGGGUACAACGAUACAAAAGACGAUGAACGGCAACUUCAAACUCUAUUGGUCGAGGGCAGCAUGGUUGAAACGUUAAGAGUAACACUGUAUCGAAAACAAUACAAGAACUUAAUGGAGGCCCUUCAAAAUGGAACUAAUUUUUCAAGUGGCUCGGAUAAUGUAAAACUAAAAAUGGCUAAUGCGAAUGUACCGAACGAGAAUGUAACUGAUGUACAACGUAUGAAAACAACUGUAAAGUUCUCAGUGCCUGUGCUGGAGAUCAAUUUGCAAAAUGAAAGCCACGAGCCCCUGGUAAAUGUUACUUUUAAAGACUUCUUUGUGAAGCAUCGCACGCGAGACCAAGAUGAGGAUCUGAAAGUCGUUUUGAACUCUGUGCUAAUGGAGGACUUGAAAUCCGAAAUAUCGUCGCCGUUCAGAAAUAUGGUUACCUCGAUUAAUGUCGAGAAGACUUAUCAAAGGAAAGGUCGAACGUCGUCAUCGUGUCCCGAUUUACCCAGUUAUUGUGCCAAGCACAAGUCUAUAUCAACAUCCAUAUCCAAUUUGUGCGAGCACAUUAAGCAGCGAGAAAUCCAAAAACACAAAGCAGGUCUCUGUAAGUCAAAUGAUAUUGCUGAGAGGAAGGGCAACAAUUUAGUCAUCUAUAGAUCGCAUACGAGGCGGCUUUUAAAGGUUGAAAAGCAGAAUUCCAUCGAGUUCAAUUGCUUGAACUUGAUGAUUUGCGUAGACAGAUGGUAUACGAUAUUUGAUUUCUUUGGCUUGGUGGCCGAUACGGAAAAAACACAGUCCCUGGCUGAACAGAAAAAUAGUUUGCCAAAAAGUGUUUCUGAAUUCAGCAGCAAACUGAAUGUGUCCAUACGUUCACUAAACUUUACAUCGACUCGCAAUGAAGCUGUAUUAUCUAGAAUAAAUGUAUCCAAUGCAACAUUUUCGAUAAUACAAGAAGCUACUUACAAAGCUGUUGAAGGCUGCUUGGGUUCCAUAGCUGUUUACGAUCUAACCAAAUACGGAUAUAUAUAUAAAGAACGUUUCUUAACGAGCGGCUCAGAAGCUUUAAAUUUUGUAUAUAAAAGAAAAAUCCCGGACAUUGAGACACCGAAUAGCAUUAAUGCUGAUGCAGUUCUUUGGAUAAACAUGUCAUCGGUUCACUAUAUUCACACCAAACGUUUCAUAGUUGAACUUCAUUUAUUUGUCAAGGAGCUCUUGCAACUACAAACUCCCGUAAUCAGAAAGUUGAAGAAACACAAUGUCGAUAGGAUACAGAAAGAUCAGCCCACCAAAAUAAAAUUGUGCAUUCAAGCCGCUUCGCCUGUGAUUGUCUUACCCGCCUGUUACAACAGCAAUCACGUAUUGAUUGCAUAUCUCGGGCAGUUUACACUGAAGAAUAGCUUUCACUUCUCGAGCGAGGAGUGCAUCAUAAGCAAAAAGGGAAAGGCAACAAAAACUCACGAUGAAAUUUUGGACGUUAUGCACAUUGAUUUGGUCAACAUCAACUUAUUUUCGGGCGAACGUAGUGUGGAUAAAUUGGAGAGCAAUUACGACAAGGAAGUCUUUAUCAAUAUUGCAAAUACGUGCUUUGUGAAGGGCAGUCGAUUAUUUAAGGAAUCAUGCUACCUAGACCUUCAGGUCGAACGGAAUUUAUCAACGGAUAGCAUACGCGUCUGCCCCGAUAUCAGUGUGAAGGGAACUUUCUCCAAAUUGAACGCAACGCUCAAUAUACCAAAUUACAAGCUAAUUCGUGGCCUGCUAAAUAACAAUAUUGGCGAGCCCAUAGAUGAUGUGUACUACAACAGCUAUAAUAACACAAGUUCCUCUAUUGAAGCCUUUUCUGCCUUGAGUCUAUUUUCCAAAAACGAAGACACCACAAAUGUUAUAACAUUACUUUCGAUAAGAAUACUGCUCGAAGAUGUCUCCAUAAUGGUGGUUCAAAACACAAACACGAUGCCAGACUUUGUGCAUGAGUCGCUGGCUUGUAUACACUUCAUCAGAUCGCAGCUGGAAAUUGAUAUGCUAAACGAUGGCUCACAAGAUAUUGAUCUGAUAUCAAGUAACAUUUUAAUUGUGGAUGAGAGGCCAAGCGAUGGCUCAAACAAUGGGAAUGUAUUUAGAAACAUAUUGCAGCCGUCCAAGAAAGAAACAGUUCCAAAGCAUUCAGCUCAAGUGGAAAUUCAUUGCAGAAAACGCUUGAAUCUAUGCAAGUAUACGAUUAUGUUGAACGACAUGAGAGUCAUUGGAAUUUUAGACUUUUUGGAUAGUUUAAAAAAGUUUUUCGAAGAAGAACCGUUGACUGCAGCCGCCGUAAAUCCAAGAGCUGCACAACUCACUCAAACAGAUCAUACUCAGACGGCAGAUAAUUCGGUUUCUGAAUAUAUUAUAAAUGUGACAGACUCUGAAAUUAUAUUUGCCGAACAGUGCAAUCGACUUGACUCAAAUGCCGUUAUAUUAAAGAGCACAACCGUAAUUUCGUAUAAGCCACACAACCAUUGUGUACCACUGUCCAUCAAUAUAAAUCAUUUGGAAAUAUUCUCAUGCAUUCUGGAUGCUGAAGAUGACAGUGCGCUGUCCAUAAUCGAUCCAUUUACUCUGAACGUCGAGCUGAGAAAUAAUUGCCUAAAUAUUGUUGUGCAAAAGCAAUUGAAUAUACGAUUGUCUUACAUCGACAUGAAACUGUUUCUGAGAAUGAUCAGUUCCAUACCCACGCAGGCCUCAACGCCGCCGAAUGUUUUGUCGAAAUCGAAUUCGGAAUUCGAAAAGAUCGCCCCGCUCCUGGCUAUGGGAUUUGAGAUAACGAAUUGCUGGGUUGCCAUGGAACUAAACAAUUGGAAAUUAAACGAUGCUGCUCUAUGGUUGUCCCAGCAGAAGCGCAGCACAGCGCGAAAUCCCGCAAUGGAAUUGAAGACUGCAGUGUUGGAUGCCAAUUGCAUAUCCAUGUGCGUAAUCGAUGAUUGCAUGGAUGCCGAUGUGCCGCUCCUUGAAAUAUCACUGACAAAGGUUUUGCUAAAGUACAAAUUCCAAGCGAACCUGAUGGAAGCUGAAAACCUAAACUCAAAUACAGCUGAGGGAGAUCUGGACACUGAAGUAACGCUCAACUAUUACAAUCGGCGACUCAGUGGCUGGGAGCCGCUUGCCGAAAUGUGGCAAUGCGCUGCGAAGUGGAAAUAUAAAAAGACCCAUUUCGAUAAGAAGAAGCGAUUUGAAGUCUUCUUGAAUAGCAAACAAUUGCUCAAGAUAAACAUAACUUCCACUCUGAUCGAACUCUUUCACAUGGUUUCCAAAAAUUGGACCAGUGAUUUCCAUUCCCUAGAUAAUGCCAAUUUCCGUCAACGUGCGCCCUUUGUGCCCUUUGCCUUGCAAAAUCUGACUGGCUCUGCGCUACUCUUCAAGCCCAUCUACGCUCAGCUUGGGGACUUGACGUGCUCGGACUUCCAGCAGUUGGACAUAAUUAAAAACUGGACGUCAGUGCAGCCUGAAGAAACAAAAACCUUUGAUUUCAGCCAGAAAAGUAAACUGCGGCACAUUGAUUCACAUCGAUUAAAUCUACAUCAGAUUCUAGUCCAAAUCCAUGGCUGGACCUUGAUUGGUCCCAUUUCUAUAGACAAGGUGGGAAUGUAUUUCCGAUCAACAAUACUCGACGCACAUUAUGAAAAGAAAACCCGUAUAAUUUUUGAUAUUUCCCUGAUGGGCUCUGCACAAAAGCUGAUCAAGGUAAUGUCCCCUUUGCGCGUGAUCAACAAAUUGGAUCAUGAUAUAUACCUGAAGAUGGUAUUAAAUAAAAAUCAAGUCGAUGCAGCCUCAGCUAUAACCACCAUUCGGCCAGAUGAUCAGCAGUGCGUGCCAUUGAAGUUUAUAGACGCCGCUCUAUAUAUCUCUCAUAUACCAUGUGAUCCUAAGUCCAAGUCCAAAAAUGAGGAUGUCGGGUUCAGCAAUGAGGAAAUCGCUUGGAAGCAGUGCGGCAAUGACGGCAUACAAGAGUUGUACAGCUGUUACGAUGCCAAUAAAAGCAUAUUGUAUACACUCGUCAGCAUAAGCAGGGAAAUGUAUCCCUAUAAAGAUCAAAAUAUGCCCGGUCAUUCAAUUACACUUCUAUCGCCUCUAAUGCUCAAGAAUAUGCUCUGCUGUGAUCUAAGUUAUAAUAUAAAUGGAUCGAGUACUGGGCGUAUUAGCGCCUUCGAAAGCAUAAAUAUUUAUAAUAGAAAUAUAAACCAAUCGUUCAACUUGAGCAUCACCUUAGAUAAUUUUCAAGUUUCUGGCCAGUUAAAGGUGCCAGCGAAUCAUAACGGAAUAGUCGAGCCGAAGUUAAAGCUACUCGAUGCUAAGAACAGAGAGCUCCAUCUCCACGUAUCAAUACAAUCCCUGAAGGGCAGAGGCAUGGAAAUAUAUAUAAGUGCGCCCAUUUGGAUUGUGAAUAAGUCCGGUCUUCCAUUGAUUUACAAACAAGAGGGCACCAAUAAGAUAGCAGCUGGCCAAUUUGAGGAGCACGAACGCGCUCGACAAGUUUCGCCCUUAAUGUUCUCCUUUUCCGAUCAAGAAGGAUCUCCCAAUCUGGAAGUGAGAUUGGGCAACACCUUCGGUGCCAACAAUCAGUGGUGCAAAAGCUUCAGCAUGAUCAAGAACAUAACAUAUAGGGAACUGCGCACAGAAAGCGGACCGGGAUGCUAUAAGAUUGGCAUAAGGGUUCGCCGUGGCCGAGGUUUAUAUGCGAGCACAACAUUUGUGACAUUGUCUCCGCGUUUUCAUCUCUACAACAAAAGUGGCCACCAGCUGGAGUUUACACAGAAAUGUAAUAUUGUGCAUAAUGACGUCACCAAUGCCAGUCAUGUCAUCUCAGCGCCCGUUGAUUGCAAUUUUCCUUUUCACUGGGCCAAUUGGGAUCGAGAGCCAUUGAUUUGUGUACGAAUAGCAGAUGUGGAAUGUUGUUGCUGGUCUAAGGGCAUACCGAUUAAUGAAGUCCAGAGUUUGUAUAUCAACAUACGCAAUGAAUGGUGUGAAAUGUUUUUCCUAAGAUUGGAAAUCAUAUCGAGAGGUGCCACGUUCAUACUUCUGUUCACGGAUGCUCGUAGUUUGCCACCUCCCAUUAGAAUUGAUAACUUCUCUGAGGUGGUUAUCAAUUUCUCACAGAAGGGCUCGAAGCCUAUUUGGCCUACGCCUGUGCGACCACAGUCAGCCUUAUCAUAUGUCAUGGAUGAUCCCUUGGGUGGCAAGACAUUGCUCAUGGAAGCGCCCGGAGGAAACAUAGUUGAGUUUCCAAUUGAAAAUGCGAACAUGAGUAAAACUUUGACCUACUCCAACUUCAUAUACAUUGCGUUCCACGACACCUUCGAUCAAUUCAAGCGAGAUGGCGACAAGCCAGAUGACAAAUUCAAACAAUUAGUGCUGGGUGUUAAUGACAAAAAGGUCGUCAUAAUGGAAAAGAAUUCUGGAGAUCGUUCGCAGUUGUGGCUGAUGAAUUCGAAUGGCCAACUGGAGCAUGAGGGCUCAACACCACCGGUCCAAACGAACGAAGCAAGCGCUGUGCGUUUGGUAUUAGAUUUAGAAAAACCACCGAAUCCGACCGAGUUUACAGCGCUAGUAGUACGUACUCCCAAUAAACAGAGGGCCACGACUCAGACGUGGAGAUUCGAAAACGGACGACUCAUGUGUCAUGCGAAUAUGUGUGUGCAGUCUCCACCUCAUAAACAUGGUCUAAGGGCUGGCGCUGAGGCAGUUGUCGGACGUAUUAGGCAUAGCUCAAAAUGUCGCGACUUAACGCCACGCGAACAACAUCUGGUUGCCCAAAAAUUACGUCCUGGCUCUGGGCAAUUGGAAAUUUCGACCAAAAUGGAUGGGCCAAUUUGCACAGUUCAAAUAUGUGAUAUUAAACUAAAGCCAAAUGAAACAUUUCUGGCACCAGAUUUACUUUGGACCCAUGCAUCGUUCAAUAACAGACCCAUCGUUGAUAAGGCAAAAUCGAAUGCUUCGCAUGAGUAUCAGAUAAAUGUCGAAUUGCCUAAGGGCAUAGGAAUUUCCAUAAUAACAUUAAAGCCCUGUGAGGAGAUCAUCUUUAUUAGCAUGGACAACAUAAUAGCCGAGUUCAUAGAUACACCUGUUCAGAAGUCAAUCGAUCUAAAUAUAGCCUACAUACAAAUUGACAAUCAACUAUUGGACUCAGCUAGCCAAGUGACCCUGCAUAGCUGCUUGCCAAAUAAAGACGACGAACAGAAACAGGAAGCUGUGCUGCUUGCCGUUAAGCUGUUGCCCAGUCCCAACAAGAAUGCUUUAAUAUUUCAGUACUUGACGUUGGAUGUUAAGCCCUGCAUAAUGUACCUAGAGGAGAAGCUGAUACUGAAGAUUGCUUCCUUUCUUGGUUAUGGCAAAGAAAAUCUACAGGACUCGUUCUUGCCUUCGGACUAUGAAGAUUUUAAGGACAGAUCAUUUGAGGAUGAUAUGAAAAGAUUUUACUUUGAAAAAUUUUAUAUUGGUUCGACUCAGGUUCGCCUUUCUGCCUAUACUGCAUCUAAAUUGCCUGAGGAUUUACAAAGAACCAAAAAAUCAUUGGGCCUCACUUUGAUCAAAUUUGAAGAUGCUUUAAUAGAGCUCGAUCAUUUCUCUCAUAAAUAUCAUUUUGAGACAAUUGAUGUUUAUCUGCGAGCGAUAAAGAUGCACUAUAUAAACCAAAUUAAGUGGCACGCAGCAGCGAUAUUGGGAAGUGUUGAUUUCUUAGGAAAUCCUUUGGGAUUCGCCAACGAUCUCUCUGAAGGUGUAUCUGGGCUGAUCUUUGAAGGCUCUGUGAAAAGUCUGGUUAAAAAUGUAACCCAUGGCAUUUCCAACUCGACAGCAAAGCUAACAGAAACCUUAUCGGAUAGUUUGGGAAAGGUUGUGCUGGAUGAUCACGACAACGAAACGAGACAACGAAUUUUGGAGCUACAAUCAAAUACAUCUGGAGGUCAUCUUGCUGCUGGCAUAAAAGGCUUUGGGUUUGGUUUGCUUGGAGGAGUCACUAGCAUUGUUCGACACACAUACGAUGGCGCCCAUGCCGAUGGUGUUCCAGGCUUCCUCAGCGGCUUGGGCAAAGGACUCGUGGGCACUGUGACGAAACCAAUUAUCGGAAUGCUCGACCUGGCCUCAGAGACGGCCAGUGCUGUUCGAGAAACUAGCAGAGAUUCACAGCGCCAGGCACCGAAAAGAAAACGCUUGCCAAGAUGCGUGACAGGCGCGCCUGGUGGUCUUUUACCACCAUACUCCAGUCGUCAAAGCAAGGGGCAAGAGUACCUUUACAUAAUAAACCGCAAAAACUUUGUAGAGAAAAUAAUAUUCUAUGAGCCAAACCUGUGGAGUGACAAAGAGGCUAGAUUACGGCUCCUCAUUUCAACGGAAUAUGUUCGCAUAUUCUCAAUAUGCGAAGGCAACCCAACUGUUAUGUUUGAGUGCCACCUCAGUGAAAUUCUAUCCUGUCAUCCUUUAACAACUAAUACGGGCAAUACCCCAUCUGCAAGUAAAGUAACAUCGAGUUACUACAUUGAAAUAUCAACAAACUUACCAAAGAUUACCCGACCACGAAUUCGUUGUCGAACAGAGGAAUGUGCUGAGGCUGUGUCUAGAUGUAUUAAUUAUGCUAAAAGUGUCUUCGAUGAACGCGAGCUGUCUCUAUUGAAAUAUAAUUAAUAUUAUUAACACAUUAAUUUUUUAUAUAUAUAUUUAUGUAUAAAAUGGGUUUUUUGAUUAUGAAAUAAAUGACUGAACUAUAUGCUUUAAGUUGAAUGCUACAGAAAACUAACACCAAAUGAAAUUCCCUCGAAAACACUUCCCAUAUCAUAAAUAUUCCUUAUUCUAAUUUCUUAUAUAUUCCUGUUUUACAUUAAUUAAUAGGUAAAUGGUUAAUACAAUUAACCAGUUAAGACACACUUUUAUUGCAUUUUAUCGAUACUUAUUUUUGGUUGUUUAUUAAAAGCCGUUCCUAUAUUUUGUAAAGAUAACAAAUUAUAUAAAACAUGGUAUAAUUACUUAAUUAUGCUUGAGUCAACUUAAGUCAGUUCUCUCAAUAAUCGGUUAAAAUAUAAAUAUUUUGUUUAAGUAAUUGUAGAAAUAUAAAAAAAAACACAGUUUUUAUUUGUAAUAAGAUUUGAUUUUAGAUUUUAUACCGUCAUUGAGAAAAUUGACGAAAUUAAUAUUAAGGAAUGAAUAAAUAAUGUUAAUGUUCGAGUUAGCUUAUGUAUAAGGAGCACACUGUUUCCACAAUUACGAUUGACGACAAAGAAUGUGCUUAAGGCUUUAUGGAUUUCUGGAAAAGAGACAACAGAAUAAAUUAGUUAUUGGUAGUGUUGAAACUUAAACGAAACUGUUUUGUCUAUUUUUUAAGUGAACUUAACUUAUUGUGUUGUUAAAAUAAAUGUGCAUUUAUACUAACCAA